AACCUCGUAAGAUUAUAGUCAACUUCGGCAAUCAUUCCACACCUCCUCUCGAAUUUCUCUACCCACCAUUAGAACUUGGCUUCCACGAGAACCAAGAAGGGGCCGAUCCGAUACGCUCGUGCCUCGUUUGAUCUUAACUUACCAACCCCUUUUGGGGGGUUUUCCGUUGCCGCUUUUCCAACCGCCGAUGCUGUCUGGUCGGAGUCGAUUCUUGGUCCGCUGACGUCGAUCACCCCGCGACGUUUGCAGAUCACGCUUGCUGCAUGACGCCUUGCGCAAGCUCUUGCCGUGUUUGACUAAAACUUAAGUCGAGUUCUGCUGUGCGGAAUUGGCGGUGCUUUAUCUUAUUUGGGCCUAUAAAGAUUCAAGAUUACGGCUAGCGGACAACGAGGUAACAGUCUCUCUGUCUCUCUCUGUGACGGAGGUUUUGGAGUUCGUGGGUUCUUUUGUCUAUGGCGGUGAAUGAAUGAGGUGUGGCUGAUCAAUCACUAAAAAGGGGUUCGCGGGGUCGCUGGAGGAAAAGGGUUGAUCUCUCCGGCGUCAGUGGGGGGACCGAAAUGGCCGGCGCCGGUCGUCCUCUGAUCUCUGUUCAUCCCGACGAGCUCAAAUUCACUUUUGAGCUGGAAAAGCAUAGUCAUUGCGAUCUCGAAGUUGUGAACAACACAGAAGGCCAUGUCGCAUUUAAGGUUAAAACAACUUCACCUAAAAAGUACUUUGUACGACCAAACUCUUGUACGAUACCACCUCAAGGUUCCUGUCAAGUAAGAGUUACUCUCCAAGCCCAACAAGAAUACCCGCCUGAUAUGCAAUGCAAGGACAAAUUUCUUCUUCAAAGCACCAUUUUGCCCUCUAAUACUGAUGGCAAAGAACUUCCGCCUGAUACUUUCAGUAAGGGUGGUGGAAGAUUAGUAGAGGAAUGCAGACUUGGAGUUGUCUAUAUUUUUCCCAGCUCACCUCAAGAAAAGUCCGGAGAGGAAGCCUUUAGGAGCUCGAUACAAAGUUCUGAUGAUGAUACAAGUCUGGCUUUGCAGCGGAUGAAGGAUGAGCGAGACGCAGCUGUUCGGCGAGCACAGUUGUUUCAGAAAGAUAUUGACAUGAUGAAAACACAAAUACAACGGAGAAGCGGCCGAGGGUUCUCCUUCAUGUGGGCACUCGCCGUGGCUUUCGUUGGUGUAAUGAUCGGAUUCAUGUUAGCCUUCUUGUACCCGUCCCCAUCUGCAGAAUGAGUAGCUACUGGUCAGAGCUGCAAGAGGCAGGUGGUUGAUUUAGUUCCUCGUAAGAAAAAGUUUAAGCUUGGUCGGAAUGUUCGCUCGUUUGCUUUAUUCUUUCUGUAGAUCUUCUCCCUCGCAUGUCUGCAGAGUCUAUUGCAUGGUAGAUAGUCUCUUCUUCAAAAUUUGCAAAAAUUGUGAAGCUGCUAGGGAAGUCUCUCCUAUUCUAAGCUCCAAACUGAACAUGGGAGUCGGGAUAAUAAUCACAAUGUAUCCAUAGAACAUGAAUCUAGCCAGAACUGUCUUGUUUCAUUCCUUA